UAUGCAGAGAACUGGAGGUUGUUUGGGCCUAUUUCAAUGGGUUCUUGUGUCUUGAGAGCUACUGACAGACAGGUGAAGUGGGUAGCCUGUAUAGGGAUUUCCUUGGGACCAGUCUGAAUGGUGCUUUUGAACUUACUGUUAAUCCUAAUAUUCUUCACAUAGCUAUAUACAUACUCUCCUACUUAUUGAUAUACUACAACCAGGUCUAAAUUAUGAAGGUUUCUGACACAGAACGUAUCAAACAAAAAGGGAAUGAUUUCUUCAAGGCUGGAAAAUAUGAUGAUGCUCUUGCCUGCUACACUGAAGCUUUAAAGUUGAGUCCAUCUGGGAGCAAAGAGCGAGCUGUCUUCUUCAAGAACAGAUCAGCUUGUCAUCUGAAGCUUGAGAAGUAUGAGAAAGCAGCACAGGAUGCAUCUUCAGCUUUAGAUAUUGAACCAGCUGAUAUCAAGGCACUGUUCCGCAAAUGUCUGGCAUUGGAGAAACUCGAGAAGCAUGCUGAAGCCUAUAAAGAAGCACGUAGGCUGAUUCAUCUCGACCCAAAAAACACUGCAGUUCAGAGCCUACUGCAGCGUCUUACAGUACAUAUUUCCCAAGUGGCUCAGCAAACUGCUAAAACAGAUAACAAAGUGUCUUCCAUGUUUGAUGCCUUAUCAAGAAACGAUGCUGAUAAUGAGACAAGAAGACAGGCAGCAAACAACCUCAUCGUUCUGGCAAGGCAACCUGCUGGUGCUGAGAAGAUUUUUCGAGAGAAUGGAGUCAGUAAACUGCAGAAAUAUCUGGAUGACUCUGAUGAAGAACUAGUUGUGGCAAUACUAAGAAUACUAUCUUGUCUUUGUACAGGGCAUCAUUCUAGGGCGUUGGCUGUGGUGAAGGAGCUGUCAUUACCAAGGCUUGGAAGAUACAUAGGCUCAGAAAAAGAAAACAUAUGCACUGCAGCAGCCCAUGUUCUUUUUUGCAGCAUUUCCAGUAUGUUGAAAAAAGAUACACAAGAACCUAAGGGAGCAGAAGAGGCAGUAGUCCCAGAUUUGACUGGUGAAAUUAAGGAUCUAAUGAUGUUUUUCCUUGGCUUACUUAAUGACAAAGAUAUAUCUGGGUAUGGGAGGGAUGCAGUUAUUGACAUUAUCAUCAAAUUCCUUCCUCGAAAAGAGGGAACUGGUCGAGCAAUGACUUUCAUCACAAAUGGUGGCUUAACAAAGUUACUCAUUGUUGCUGGCCAGAUUCCUGAGCUAGAAAAAUUACACAUUACCAAACAUACUUUAAUGCAUGCAUCAGUGGCGCUCUCCAAAAUCUAUGAUGAGAUGAUCAGUGACAAAAAACGAGAGUAUUAUCGUGAAAUUUGUGAGAAAUUUAUAAGGUCAAAGUUCAGUGGAAACAGUUUAGAAAGUAAUUUAGAGGCAAUUCAAGCAAUCUCUGCCCUCCUGCAGGGACCGUAUGAUGUGGGUCAUUAUUUGAUUGGGCAGUCAGGGGUCAUUGAGGUCAUGAUUGCGAUGGCAACCAGUGCAGAUCCUCUUCACCAGAGAGUUGCCGUGGAAGCAAUUGUCCACUCAGCAAGCAAAAAGGACAAGUGUGCAGGAAUCAUUUCAAAGGGUGCGAAUGUCUUAAAAGAACUGUAUAAGUCAGCCAGUGAUCAGAUCAAAGUACGAGCCCUCGUAGGCCUCGCCAAGUUAGGCUCAUAUGGUGGAUCUGAUUAUAGUGCUAAGGUAUUAGACGAGGGCUCUACACUGACACUAGCUAAGCAAUUAAGGAAGUUUUUGGUAAAGACCGAGAAAGAUCAUGAUUUGAGGAAGUGGGCUGCAGAGGGCCUGUCCUACCUGUCCCUUGAUGCUGACGUAAAAGAAACUAUCACAUCUGACUCUCAGGCGGUCAAGUCACUCAUUGAGUUAGCCAAAACAGGAAAUCCAACGCUUCUAUAUAGUGUAGCGUCAACCUUUGUCAACUUGACUAAUAGUUACGAUCAACAAAAAGCUGACCCAGAGAUGGUGAAGCUGGCUAAGUUUGCCAAACAGCAUAUACCAGAGGAUCAUCCAUUGGAUUCUGAUGACUAUGUAAAAGGCAGGGUGGACCUGUUGCUGGAGGAAGGCAUUGUAACUGGUUUGGUUAGCCUCAGCAAGACGGAGAGUGAAAGCAGUAGAGAACUUAUAUGCAGAGUCUUCUUAGCCUGUGUUAUGGAUGAGAACAAUAGGGGCUUAGUGGUUCAGCAGGGAGGAGCCAAGUCUUUAGUAUCACUGGCUAACGAAGGCAACUUAGUCGGCCGCACAAUGGCAGCACAAGCCCUGGCAAAGAUUGGUAUUACCAUGAAUCCUGAGGUAGCAUUCCCUGGACAAAGAAUGCUUGAGGUUGUUCGUCCUCUUAUUGCUCUUCUCCAUAUGGACUGUACUGGCUUGCAGAACUUUGAGUCUUUAAUGGCAUUGACAAAUCUAGCCAGCGUUAGUGAAUCUGUCAGAAACCGUAUUGUAAAAGAACGUGGCAUCCCUUCCAUUGAAAAUUACAUGUUUGAAGAACACGAUAUGAUUCGACGAGCUGCCACCGAAUGCAUGUGCAACAUGAUCCAAAGCGAUCAAGUGUUUGAAUUAUUCCUGAAGGAUAAUGAUAAAGUUAAAUUGUUGACUUUAUUAGCGGGUGAAGAAGAUUUGAAGCUCAAGAUGGCCGCAUCUGGUGCUUUGGCAAUGCUUUCAACCAAUGAAAUUGUCUGUAACAAAAUUCUGAUGGUGAAUUCGUGGAUGGACAUAAUGCAGGAGUCACUGGUGUCACAGAAUGUAGAGCUGCUACACCGUACGUGCCACACACUGGCUAACAUUGUGGAAAGCAACAAGCUAAACGCCAGUAAGAUUGUAGAGACUAGUCUUCUUGAGAUCCUAAUGGCUCUCUCAAAAGAUGAAAAACCUGAAAUGCUGCCAGUCCGUAAUCAAUUAGAUCGCCUAUUCAAAAAGGCUGUGGAAUUUGAACUCAUUCGCUCAUAUGCAGAUCAGGUCUAACUUAUCAUAUAAACGUGGGUACUAUCUGCAUCCAAGCCAAUCACAGGAAAGUGAGAAUAAUGUCAUUUUUCAACAUGCCUCAGCAAAUUGUCGUGUAUGAUUAUUUGCGAUGACAAUUUAAAACAAAAAUGGUACAAAGUCAACUACUGUAUCAACAGGGGUUCCAAUUUUGGAGAAACCAUCAGAUGCGGAUCCAGAUCUUCGCAUAGUUCACCAUAUUGACGGUCAGGCACCAUAUUGACGGUCAGGCACCAUAUUGACGGUCAGGCACCAUAUUGACGGUCAGGGUGACAGAUAAAUAUACAAAAUAAUUAAGUGAUUUGUAACUCUCUAAAUAAUGAUGUUAUUAGAAAGGGACUGUUAUUAAUCAGGAGCAAUCUGGCUAUUGUAGGCUACUGAGAUAAAUAGGUUAUUUUAGAGUUAUUUAGAAAUAGUAGAAUAAUAAUAUACCAUCUUUUUCUAAACGUUUAAUUUUUUAUAGGCUGAUUUGCAGGUGUUGCAUUGAUAUGUUUUUCCUGUGAUACCGACAUUAUUUGCCAGAAUAAAAAGCUCCUGACCGGUUAUGAAGUUCUAAAAAAUAGUUUAGUUAAAUAUAAAACAUCUCAGGGUUUUAGUCAUGGGUGUUAAAUCAGACAAAAUCUGUAGCACAUAUUUAUUUAUUUUUUUUUUAGAUCAGAAACAGCUGGUAGGCCUACUUAUAUCAUUGUAAACAUUGACUUCUGCAAAACAUGAUAGGAUAUUGUAUUGGAUUUUUAAAAAAAUUAAUACUGGUAUUGAACAACAAUUAUAAUGAUAUGCAGAUACUGAACUAAAAAUAUCAGUUAUUCUAAGCCAUUAAACAAACAUGAUUGUAGAGUUUAAAUUAAUUUUCUUCAAUGCAUGGAAAGUCAUUCAUUGUAUAAUUUCAUUUUUUCUCCUUGAUGCUAAAGUCAAGCAGAUGUUUGAAUAAACAUAAUUCGUUGAUGAAGCACACAUAUUGACGGCUAAAACAGCUUUGGGAGAACACUUUUACUACAAGGCUUUUGCAUAGACUUUUUCUAAUUAAAAGCCUGAAAUUUUGAAUGCGAUGAUAUUCGUUUGCUCUAGUAUAUUUUGCCCAAUUUCAAACCAGUUGUUUGAUACAGUAUAUCCCUCUAACGUUUGCUUUCCAUUUGACAGAACCACCACAAAUUACACUCUCUUCGCUAAUGGCCCCAUCAUUUACUUGUCACCAUAUAGUAAGAUAUAUGUAGCUCUGAAUCCACCUCCUUGUGCGAUAGUCAGUAUGAACUCUGGAUCUGCGCCUCUCCACUUCUGGGAGAAAUGGGUUUAACAAGAUUUUUGAACACAUUUGAUAAUUGUAUUUUGCUUCGUGUGGUAUGCCCAUGUGCAGCUGAUUUGAGGGGGCAAUUGUUAAUACUGUAUAGCACUAAAACCAUGCAGAUGUAUGAACUUGUGGGAGGUGGUUAAUUUAGGGGAUCAUUUCUAGCUCGUAAUUGUUCGGGAGACUAUCAAUUUCCAGGACACUCGAAGACACAAGGGAGAUUUAGGACCCCUUUAUCAAUAAUCAAGAGAGAAAGCAAGAGAAAUUGAUGGCAUCAACAUGCUGAGGAUUUUAUAAAUUGCCAUUUUAUUUAUUUAUUUAUUUUAUAGUGCAAGGGUAAUUUUUAUAUUUCGGAUUUUAUAUUUGUUUUAUAUUUACUAAGAUUUAUAACAUGAUUUUUAAAGAAAUAGUAUUGAUGACAAAAUAAAUAAAAUAGAAAAUAUUAGCCAGGCUCCUUAAAAUUUUGUUUAUUAGAUCUCUUCCUCUUCUAUUUUGCAUCAUGUCGAUAAUCUCCCUUAAAUACGAUGCCCCUAUUCUGGGGACACUUUUUUGUCCCGAUGGUGUCCCCCUUUAAUGCUCUAAUAUACUUUUCCUCACAGCUAAGCACUCUCUGUAACCAGUAGUUUUUGGGGGUUUUUUUCAAGACUUUGUGGUCGUCCAUGCCCCGGACAUGUACUACCAGAAAUAAGACCACAAUGUAAAAGUGUUCUUGCACGUUUACUGACUCGUUUUAAUAAGUUGGCCUACUGGACUGUCUGAAAUCAAUUUCUGGGAUACAGUACUUGCUUUAUCAAUAGUCAUAAACAAGGUGAUAUGAUUUUAUAAUUUACCAUUUUAUUUUUUUUUAUACGUAGUGUGAUUUUUGAUUAAGUGUUUUAUAUUUAUUAAGAUUUAUAACAUGUUUUCUAAGAAAUAGAAAUGAUGACGACUCAGUUAUUAUUUUUAAUGUGGAUUACUGAUGCACGUAGAUGAGUAAAGUUCACAUUAAUAAAAGAGGUAUUUUCCUGUAAAGUGACUUGACUUGUUUAUUUUAUUUAUCAAAAUAGGAGCAGCAAUUUCUGUGAAUUAAAGUAAAUUCUUCAGCAUUUGCUGUUAUUUUUAAUGUGGAUUACUGAUGCACGUAGCUGAGUAAAGUUCGCAUCAAUAAAAGAGGUCUUUCCGUGUAAA